CAGCACCUCCCACCUUCUCUCAGUUGAGGCCUUACUGUUGACGAGAGAGAGAGAGAGCAGAAGAGAAAUCGAGGAGGAAAAAAGGAAUCCAUGGCGUCGGCUCUGGCGAGGAGGGCGGGGGGCUCCGCCACGGCGGCCCUGUGGGGCGUGGCGAGGGGCUUCGCGUCGGUGGGGUCCGACAUCGUCACGGCGGCGCCCGGCGUGUCGCUGCAGAAAGCGCGGUCCUGGGACGAGGGCGUCGCCACCAAGUUCUCCACCACCCCUCUCAAGGACAUCUUUUACGGGAAGAAGGUGGUCAUCUUCGGCCUGCCUGGUGCAUAUACAGGAGUUUGUUCACAAGCGCAUGUUCCCAGUUACAAGAACAACAUUGAUAAGUUGAAAGCAAAAGGGAUUGACUCUGUUAUCUGUGUCUCUGUGAACGAUCCGUAUGUUCUUAAUGGAUGGGCAGAAAAGCUAGAGGCUAAAGAUGCAAUUGAGUUCUAUGGUGACUUUGAUGGGAGUUUCCACAAAAGCUUGGAUUUGGAGAUAGAUCUCUCUGCUGCUUUGCUUGGCCACCGCUCCCACAGGUGGUCGGCCUUUGUUGACAAUGGUAAGAUCAAGGCUUUCAAUGUUGAGAAAGCCCCUUCGGAGUUCAAUAUUUCUAGCGCCGAGGUGCUCUUGGAUCAGAUCUGAGCUUAUCAAUAAACUUGCGCUGUCGUCAGUUUGCACACGCAGCAUACAUGCUUUGCUUGUAGCGAAUAAAUUAAAGUAGCUUAUCAAUGUUCGAUAUGCUACUUCCACACAAUGGAAUCCGGAGUGUUAUGAGAUUGUUUUACUGGAACGAAUCGAGAUGAUCAAUUUUCCCGACAUUUAUGUUUC